ACUGACCCAACCUCUGCAGUGGCGGCUUGACCCCGUAAAGGCCAAAGGUCUCUCCUCUCACUUAUAGGGCUGUAUUGUUUAAUUUCUUUUGGAAGGACGAGGUUCUGCUUUCUGGAAGGCGGCAGAGAGCUCACAGGAAGUUGAUAAAUAGAAAUUUGUUGGUUACUUCCACCUCUGUCGAUCCAAAUUGCCGCGCGUAUUUUUCCACUGACGUCAACUGGGCGACGAACCAAUCCGCGUGUCGCACCUGAGUUGUGCUGCGCAAGGCAAGUUGGCGAUUGAAAGAUGGCGGAAACUGUGGAGCUUCACAAGCUGAAGUUGGCUGAACUAAAGCAGGAGUGCCUUGCUCGUGGCUUAGAGGUGAAGGGGAACAAGAGCGAUCUUAUCAGCCGUCUGCAAGCCUAUAUAGAGGAACAUGCUGAAGAAGAGGCUAAUGAAGAAGAUGUUUUGGGUGAAGAAACAGAAGAAGAGGAGCAGAAGAGCAGUGUCGCUGCAGUCAAGGAAGAAGAACCUGAUGACAAACCAGCUGAUACAAAUGCAGAAAAGAAGCUGGUGAAAAUUUCCAGCAGUGCUUCUGAAACUGAUAAGCUUCAAAAAAGAGCUGAGAGGUUCAAUGUUCCUGCCAGUGUGGACAGCAAAAAAGCAGCUCGAGCCAUCCGGUUUGGCCUUUCAACCUCAGACAAGAAAGGUGAAAUAUCAGAUGCAAAAUCACCGGUCAGCAUGGAUAAACUGAAAGAGCGAGCACAAAGGUUUGGCCUUAGCGUGUCACCGGUCUCCAAAAAGAGUGAAGAUGAUGAGAAGCUGAAGAAAAGGAAGGAACGUUUUGGUAUAGUGACCAGCUCUGCGUCAGUCACUGAUGAUACCGAGGCAAAGAAGAGGAAAAGAGCAGAACGCUUUGGCAUUGUCUAGCAGCCCCGCUUUAAUCCACACUUUUUUUAGUUUUUCUGCCUUUUUUGUGCAACUCCCGAAUGGUAAAAUACUUCUGUUUUCAGUUUGCUUUUGGUUUUAUAAAAUUAACUUGUUUGUUUUGUUUUUUUAAAAACCAUAUGAAAUUAAAGAAACUAAACUUGUUAAUUGGUAA